AUGUGUAGAAAUAGAAAAAAUGAUGAUUCCAUUGAUUCGGAAGUUGUCGAUUUGAACGACAAUGCUAACGAUAGUUACAAUGAUGAUAUAGAUCAAGUUAUGCAAAAUGUUAAUAAUAUUAAAUCGAACUUGGGUUCUAUAGCUAAAUCAUUCUUCAAUUUUACUAGUGAUUCGGUCAGUGAUAUAAACAAUAAGGCUAAGGAUUACUCAAUGAACUGGUUGUCGGAAAUUGAUGAUGAGUCGAAUGAACAUAUCAACGAAAUCCGUAAGCACUUCAGGAAGUUUUUUAACGAUUUUGAGCCUAAAGUAGACGAAUAUUUCCCCAAACCUUAUCAAAGUAGAAGCAACAGUAAUAGUGAUGAUCAAUUACCAUUACAGUUUUCUCCUUGGUUACCGGGUAGAGAUCACUUUCCUCAUUUCUUCGGAGGUUCCAGGAAAUGUGGAAAGACACCAUUUGGAUUCUAUUCAUACAAGACUCCUUCAAUUAGAAACUAUCACGAAUGCAUUGAUAAGAAAGGUGAAUCUGUAUGGGAUUCGCAUGGGUAUUGGAGAUGCUUAUUUCCAAACUCAGAGGUACCCAAUGAGUUAUUGAAGUUAAAGAACGAAAAACUUAGUGGUGAGAUUUUAACUAAAGAAGAUUUUAAUAAUGCUUUAGCAGGUCAAUCGAGCUCUCAAAAAGAUGGAAUAAUUGACUUAGGUGAAAAAGGUAUCUACUUCAAACAAUUUACAGACUUUUUGAACUGGAAAAGUAUAAUGUACGAAAACGUUAAGCGUGAAAAGGAAAAGAAAAGACAUGAAUUAAUUGAAAGAAGAAAGCAACAGGCACAAGAGUGGAAGAGUUUUAAUACCCCCAGUGGUGAAAUGACUGAGGAUAAGACUGUUAUUUCGAGCUCUGUGCAAUCAAAUUUAAGUUCGAAUCUGGACGCGAAUGAAUGUGUUUUAAAUGAAACAAGAACAGAGUACUAUAACGAUGGUACUUCAUGUACAAAGACAAUAACCAAAUCAAAACCUUUUGAUGCGAAAGAUUGGGUCAAUGUGACAGAGAAUGUCGAGCAUAAUAAUACAAGCAAUGGUAAAAAUGGAUGGUUUUGGAAUUCAAAGGAUAAUUAG